UAUUUUUCCAUUGACAGGUGUAAGCAUAAAUUUGACUUAACACCUUUAUUUAUACGAAUUUAAGACAAUAAGGCAUCUGGAAGCAACCAUUAUUGAUGUUCAAUACGAGCCAAGUAUACUCCUUUGCGCGAUUGGUCGAAGCGAUAGCAGUAGGUGUUGCCUAAAUGCAGUGCCCACCUACUAGGUCUUAUCCCACUAGCACAUCGAUCAUAGCGUAAAGACACUGCUGCGGGGUGUUGGCUGCGUUCGAGUAGUCGGAGUAGUCCAGUGAAGAGGGUAGCGGAGAGACUAUUUCCGCGAUGAGUUGUGCAGAAAUAAUGUAUCAGCCGUACUCGCCGUACUUUCCGUAUCAGAGGCCGGCGGCUGCAGCGGUGGCUGCUGCCGCCUCGACUCCUACAGCAGCAACUAGUCCCGUCACCUUAACGGCGGCACCUCCUCCCAUACCACAGACUCAACUGUCUAAAAAAUUUGGAAUGCCCAAAACAAACGAUGUUCUGGAACACGCUGCCGCUUCUACAGCUGCCGCUAGCGGAAGCGACUAUAGCNAAAAGCCUCGUAAUCAUGAUCUAGAUUUUCUACGAUUAAUCAAUAAAUUUUAUAAACCGAA